AGCAGCGACCGAUUGACGAUAUUUAUUAUUUAUCUCAAUAUUAUUAUUAAUAUGAAUACAAAAUACAUUUUCACGAUGAUAAAUUGUCCGUAAACCGAGUACAUGAUGUAUAUGUUGGAUUGCUUAUUGAAUUUCAUCCGCCGUGUUCUAGACACGAUAUUUUCUCGGCGCAUCACGAAUUCGCUGUUAAUAUUUGUUAAGACCAACACCGGCACUGUUGUGCCCGUGGGUCUGGACCCGAAAUGGGAAGUCCGGGACGUCAAAGAGUUUGUCGCCCCCAAGUUGGGCAUGACCCCCGAAGAGUUGAUGAUCAUAUUUGCCGGCAAAGAACUACAAGAUUCGGAAUUAUUGGAAGAGUAUAAUCUAGCAGAACAGACUGUGUUACAUGCUGUUAAGUCCAGGCGCAGGUCGUUUAAACGCAAGCCACGUGUAUCUACAUGCAUAGAAGAAGACGAAGAGUUUGAUGAUACAAAACGUGCAGCUGUAAACUUUUAUGUGUACUGCACUUCACCUUGUGCCAAUACAACCGUUGGCAAAAUCCGUGUGAGAUGUUUCAAAUGUAAGAGUGGUGCAUUUACUGUGGACGGUGACCCAAAAAAUUGGAAUGAUGUGCUCAAACCUAAAAGAAUUACAGGACAUUGUGAGAUAUCUCAAUGUACAGACGGGGAAGUAGGAUGGUCAGAGUUUUAUUUCAAAUGUUCUGAACAUGUUACCAAAGGUGAAAAUGAUGAAGCAGUGGCACUACAUUUAAUUAGAAAUAAUUUGCAUGAUAUUCAAUGUCUAGCUUGUACUGAUGUCAGAUCAAAAGUAUUUGUAUAUCCAUGUGAUGAUGGCCAUGUAACCUGCUUAGAAUGUUUUUGUGAGUAUGCAGUUAGCCGACUUAGAGAAAGAAGAUUUGUAUUUGAUAAUAAUAUUGGUUACACACUACCAUGCCCAGUUGGUUGCCCUAAUAGUUUAAUUAACCAGCCCUAUCAUUUUAAAGUGUUAAGCAAAGAUCAUUUUGAAAUGUAUGAAAGGUUUGCAACUGAAGAAUAUGUGCUCAAGAAUGGUGGUGUUUUAUGUCCUCAACCCAAUUGUGGUGCAGGUAUACUUGUCGAUGAUGACUGUGACAAAGUGUCGUGUAUUAAUGGAUGCGGGUAUGUGUUUUGUAAGAAAUGUCUCCAAGGUUAUCAUAUUGGUGAAUGUCUUCCAAAAGAAGAGCAAUUAAUUAUCGAUAUUACUGGUUAUUCAGUUGACCCUAAGCUAGUUUCACAGUCUAAAUGGGAUGACGCAAGCAAAGUAAAGAUCAAAGUUUCUACAAAACCUUGUCCAAAAUGCCGUACGGCCACCGAACGAGAUGGAGGAUGUAUGCACAUGGUAUGUACACGGUGUUCAUUUCCUUGGUGUUGGUUGUGUCAGACAGAAUGGACAAGGGAGUGUAUGGGGAGCCACUGGUUCAGUUAAUACAUUGUAUUCAGUUUUUCAGUAUUUACUUGAAAAGUUAUUAAAUAAAGAUAACAUACCUAUACUCUGAUCAAGUUAAGAAAUAAAGUUGGCGGUCGACUUGUGUGCAGGGACGAGGCAAUACUACACGGCAAGACGCUGGUAUACAGAUAAUUGACUGAGUGGGAGUGACAAAUGUGUAUUGCCUGACUGCAGCCCGACAAAAACUGGUUGGCGCAAACUACGUUUCUUAACAGAGUAUAAGUCCAAAACUUUGUUUUUUGAUUUUUUCUUUAAUAUAUAUAACUACUUAAUUGAUUUUUUUAUAA